AUGAUAUCUCUCCUCGGGGCAUUGUUGGCGACGUUGUUCCUCGCAUCUCUCGGACUCACCUUUCCUACUGACGUCUACCACCAUCAUCGGGAGCUGCGAGCUCGCAAUAUUGUCUACUCCGGCCAGAUAGCAGAUGCAUACGACUUCAUCAUCGUAGGCGGAGGCGUAGCUGGGCUCACACUCGCCUCAAGAUUAUCCGAGGACGCGAAUACCACCGUUCUUGUCCUCGAAGCUGGUGACACCGGUGAUGCCGUCUCCAACCAAAUCAAUACCCCUGGAAAUACUUACUACAAUGGCCUCGUUGGCUCUUCUUGCGAUUGGGCAUAUCUGACCGUCCCUCAGCCCAAUGUCGCCAACCGUCAACUUUCAUGGCCCAUGGGCAAAGUUAUCGGUGGUUCGAGUGCCAUCAAUGGCAUGUAUCUCGUUCGCCCUUCGCAGAUAGAAAUAGAUGCGUGGGCUGCGCUCGUUUCCCCUUCGGACAAUGGCAGCAGUGCUGCUGCAUACCAAUGGGACAAUUUCUUCGCCGCAUUGAAGAAGACAGAGACUUUCACUCCUCCCAGUUCAGCCAUUCAGCAGGACGCGGAUAUUCAGUUCAACACUGCCAGUCACGGAACGAGUGGUCCGCUGCAUUACUCGUAUCCUGGCUUCGAAUUCUCGCAAGUGGGCAGCUGGACUCCGACUCUUGCAGCCGCUGGUGUCAUUCCGAACCAAGAUGCCUACGGUGGGGACGGUUGGGGAACGUUCGUCGCUACGUCUGCCAUUAACCCGACGAAUUGGACAAGGUCCUACGCCAAGUCCGCCUACAUUGAUCCACUUCCCCCUCGGUCGAAUUUGGACAUCCUCCCGAACGCGACUGUCACUCGGAUUGUCUGGUCUUCCAGCUCUUCCUCGAACAAUGUAACCGCGUCUGGAGUCGAGUAUGCCACGUCCAGGGGUGCGCCGACGACUGUCGUCAGCGUGAAGAAAGAGGUGAUUCUUACUGGCGGUGCCGUCGGUAGCCCACACGUCUUGUUGGUCAGCGGUGUAGGUCCCAGCGACGUGCUCUCUGCUGCAGGAGUUAACGUCACCGUGAACCUUCCUGGCGUCGGACAACAUCUCCAAGACCAUCUGAGUACUCAGAUUAUCUUCACUACCCAUGACGAUACUGCUGCGUCCUUGCUUCCAGCCAACGCUGGCAAUCCCGCUUUCAUGUCUUUCAUCAAUUCUGCCGUCGGCUACGUCAACGCCAGUAUACUCUUCGACAACGUGUCCGAUUUCCAGGCUGGGGUGGUGAGCUCGAUGAGCAACGCUCUCGUGCCCAGUACAGACCCCACCGUGCUGGCCGGAUACAAGGCGAUAUACGAGACCACGACCAACUUGUUGACUACGCCUGUGGGCCAGGUGGAAGUUUUGCUGAACCUGGUGGGCUCUGCAUCAGGGGGUACCAACACCAUCGGCAUUGAAGUGGGCAUACAACAUCCAUACAGUCAUGGACGCUUGUACAUCAACUCCUCCAGUAUAUUCGAUGCUCCAGUUAUUGACCCGAACUACCUGUCGAAUCCCAAUGACAUCGUUUUGUUGCGUCAAGGACUGAAGCUGGCUCGCCAGAUCGGCGCGACGCCGCCACUCAGCACCGGGCUUCUGGCGGAAGUUUCCCCAGGCCCGUCCGUCAACACGGACGACGGGUGGCAGGGGUGGCUCGUGAACCAGAUCGGAACGGAGUACCACCCGAGCAGCGCGUGUUCACAGCUUCCGCUGAACUUGGGUGGUGUGGUUGACAGCAACCUGAAGGUCUACGGCUUGGGUAACGUCCGUGUCGCCGACUCUUCAAUCUAUCCGUUCGCGUUCUCUGCCCAUCUGCAAGCCCCGACAUACGCUCUUGGCGAGUUGGCCGCGGACAUCAUCCGCGCCUACUACAAUGGAACACCAGCACCAGGAGCAAACGCCACUAGUACCAGCGCCGAUCCCACUACCAGCAGCAACAGUACACCUUCACCGUCGGCCACCCAGAGGGUGAAAAGCGGCGCUACUACGCUGACCGCGAGCGUCUCUGCCGUGUGGAUGAGCCUUGCGGCGUCGGCGUGGCUGUGGCUGUGA